UCUUCUCCAGUUCCAUUCUUCCCUUUCUCUCUUCCUCUCCUCCAAUGGCGUCGAUCAACUUCAACUUCUUCGACAACUGGUUCACCAAGCCCCCCAACCCCAUCCCUCUCCUGAACCUCAGCGCCGUCGCCCGGUCGCUCCCUCCCAAAUCCCGGGCCGCCCCCAACUUCGCCUCCCUAAGCUCGAGCCUCGACCCCAAGAAGCCCCCCGCCGGAGGCGGCGCCGGCAGCGGCGAGGGGCCCGGCAAGAAGGACGGCGGCGAGGACAACAUCUACAGCCAAGUGGUGGACCAGUUCUUCUGGGAAUGUGAGAACUUGCCCGACUACAGGCACACCCCCGAGGUGGAGAAGAUCCUGAACGAGGACCCGGUGUUCGAGACCAAGGAGAACCCCACCGAGGAGGAGGUGCGGGAGAACGAGAGGUGGUGGGAGGAGUUCUGGUCGAGCCCCGUCGUGAAGUUCGCGAAGCGAGCGGAGGAGAUUGCGGACAUGGUCAACGAGCUGGAGCUCCAGGAGAACGCCGAGCCGUACAGGGACGAGGACAAGAAGUUGUGGCAGGCGGUCCCGCACGUGCCGGGGCUCGACGGCCGCCCGAUGCCCAGGAAGGCGAUCAAGACGAAGAAGGAGAGCGAUGACAAGUUCUGGGAUUUCGCGCGGCAGUUCUUCUUCGGGCUCUGGGGGUUCAGGCAGCGGCCGUACCCGCCCGGGCGGCCCAUUGAUGUCGCGCAGGCGAUCGGGUAUAAGCGGCUCGAGAAGCGGUAUUAUGAUUUUAUCAUGAGGAGUGGUGGCUUUUACUAUAAGGAUCGAUUGGGUCGAACUCGGGGACCAAUGGAGCUGAUACAACUUAAAACAGCUUGGGGUGCUGGAAUAAUCGACAAGGACACAUUCGUUUGGGGUGAGGACUUGGAUGAAUGGGCUCCAAUUCAUAUGGUCUAUGGAUUAGAACGUGCCAUUGCCACAUGGGAAGUAAGACUGGGUGCUGCAGCCACUGCAUUCCUUCACAAACUCCAGAAAGGAAUACCUCCUUGGGUACCUCUCAAGGGGCAAGAGAAGAAAACUUACAAGCAGCUCCAGCAAGAAGCUAUAGAAAGCAGGAGACGCGAUCAAGCGGUACUCGAAGCCAAUGACGGUAUUUGGCCUGGAGUGAGAAUUCCAAGUCAUGCCCUAUUUCUUUGGGCUGGUGGUUCAGAACUUACAAGCAUUUUAGAGGCUGACCACAUGCCGAACAAGUACAUCCCAAAAGAUCUCAGGAUCCAAUUGGCUAAAGUAAUACCUGGUUUAAGGCCUUGGGAAGUUUUGAGCAUUGAACAAGCAAUGGAUCAGAUAACAUAUGGUGGACAAUGGUACCGUCUACCCCUUGGUACUUACCAUACAGGUCCUCCAUACAUUCAGCAUUGGAACAAGGACGUUAAGAGAAUGUUUAGGAUUUUCUUCAACUUGAGCACUAGAGUGUACAGCAAACUAGACAGGACCAUACCUGGUUUUACGAAAAUAAUGGAGAAAGUCCAUGCUGACGCGGCUGCAAGGGAUUCAAGACGGCAGGAGAGGAGGGAGGCACAAAAGAGAGCCGAGCAGGAGGAGGCCAUUUAUGGUAGAGCUCGGAAAAACCCAUAGCAUCGCCUAUGAUCGUUGCCCUGCGGUUCAAGCGAUACUCUUAAGAUACUUUUAUUGAUUGGUUCAACCUGUGCAGCAUCAGUUUAGGAAGCAGGUUCUUCUGUUUUUUCCCCGUAUGUUUGUGAUGGCUCACUUUGAGUUUGAAAUUAGUUGUUCGAUAAUGCCGGCAAACCCUUGAAAUGCAAGGUUUGUAGUUUGUAGUCUGUAGUCUUGCGUUCGAGGGAAGAGAAGACUAACAAAGUGAAAUCUACUUUAGAUUUGGGGCUGGUCAGGUUGAAUGAAUUGCCUGUGUUUCUGUAUUGAGAGGAUUGGCAUCAUGCAUCUUGCAUUGAAUGGGGCUUCCUGUUGUUCCAGUA